AUGGUGAAGCCAUCGCCAAGUUAUUCAAGAACUGAAUCAUUUGAAACACACAAGUGGAAAUCACAAUUUGCUGCCGAAAGAGCUGGAUCAACAUCACCAAAUUUGUAUGCAAAGUUUCGCAAAUUAUUGCGUGCUCCACCAGUAAGAAAUGCGAAGUCACCCACUUUUUCACAAGAAGAGUUAGAUCAAUUAACAACAUCUGAUCUGUAAGUUAACCCAUCUUCCCCUUUUUUUGAAAUUUGAUAUCAUUGACCACCCACUGUGAAUAUGACCUUUGUUUUUUUUAUUACAGGCCCUACCAAACCAACUAUACAUACGCAUAUAGCAACUUGUAUGAUCCAACUUUGCCUGAUCAUUGGGAAGUCCCGAAUAUUUCAAUGUCUUCGCCAGUUCCACAAUUCGAUGAAGAACAUUGGGCAGCUGUUUCAUUAUCAAAGCGGGUUAGUUAUUUAGUUUUUUUUUCAAAUAAUUUUAAAAGUAAACGGAAAAUAUCGAUAUUUGCAGAUCCUGUACUUCAUCUCGCUGCCAUUUGUUAUAACUGCACAUAUCAUUUUCUACAUUUUGAGCAAUUUGAAAAAUGGAACAGCGAUCACUGCGCUGACUGUUUACGAUUACUUGAUCUAUAUCUUCCAACAAUUAUACUACGUCUUAACAUAUUUCUUCACUGGACCAGUUGUUGAGAAACACCGCGGAAAAUCAAUUUGGGAACGUUUUAUUGAAAUUUUCUGGAUUAUCAAUGAAUAUGCUUGGACAGCAAUUAGCGCUCCAUACAAAUCAUUCAAAAAAUGGAGAGCAUUGAAGCAAUAUGAAUAUAAAUCGAUUCGUGAUGAUCUGGUAAAAGAAAGAGAAGAGAGAGUGAGUAAAACAUUUUCUAUCAAUGUGUAUUCAUAAUUUAUUUUUUAGAGCCGCGCAGUCACACUUUCUCAACUUCGAAGUGUUCGUGGACCGUCAUUUUCGCCAGCUCGAGGAACCCGCAGAAGCACAAGAAUCACUUCAACAACUGUGAGUUUUUCUCUCGAAAUUAGAAUGACUAAAAUUCAACACCCGUUAUUUUAGACCGUUUACAAUGAUGAUGGAGAUAACUACGAUGUGAAUCAUUCAACUCCAAUUCGCUCAAGAAAUGUUUCAUUCCGCCAACCACUUUUUGAAACACCAAUUCAACGUGAGAAUCGAGAAGAUACUCCAUUGUCGGUUUACGGAUUGAGAUCGAGAAAUAUUGAGAGAAACACGCCAGAACCAACUUAUGAAUCACAUUUGGUGCAAAGGUAUGUUUUAAAAGUUUGAAUUGAAUUUAUAUUUAGAAUGUUAUAUAUAAGUUGAUGAUCUCGUUAACGAACCCCGUGGUAGUACGAUUUCUUGUGAUGAAAUAAUGUAAAUUCAGGCCUAAAUUUGUAAAAGAUACAUCCCUCUAUUCACAAAUUUAUCGCCAACCUUUGUUUUAGAACUCAAGCAGCUCAAAAACCAAAACAACGGACAAUUUUGAAAUCAUCGUCAGUGUUCUCAUCAUCUUCCGAAGGCUUGAAUGAAGCAUCGCAAUUCGGAAAACUCUCGUCUUGGAUUGCAACGGUAAGAAUCUGUAUUGAAAGCAAUCAUCCAACACCAUAUUUAAUUUUUUCAGAAAUCCUAUGAUGUCUUUCAAUCUGCUGCACUUUUAUUGAUUUUUCUUGGUGUAUGUGCCAUAUGAAAUCACAAAAUACUUAUUGAGUUUGGCAUAUAGCACAUUUUCAGUGCCUGGAGCGAUCGAGAACUUUUAUAACAAAAAUGUGGAGAAAUCGCAAUAUGUUUUUGAUGAGAAGGAAUCAACAUCAAGUCGUAUUCUUGGAUUCAUUUUAUUCUUCCCAUUCAUUCUCACAUCGUUCAUACUGUAUUUUGCACGUAAAACGGUUACAUUCGUCCGGAAUUAUAUAGCACUUCUUCCAUUGUUUUUGAUUCCUCUACUUCUAUUGGCAUUGUUGCUCACCCCAUUUUUAUUCUCGAAAGAGGACUAUGUUGAAAGGGAUGAACGAGACAUGUUGGGUGAUUUUAUUGGCCAUGCAUUUGAUUCCAUACAUAAUGUCUAUUCCGCAGUUCGAUCAGGUGCAGUUUAUGUUGCUUCACGAUUUGUUGAUUUGAGUAAGUUUUUUUUUGAAAAAUAGGAAAUUCAAUAUAUCAUUAAAAUAAUUUUCAGUCUUCGAAUUUUUUGCAUUCUUCACCGGAACACCGAAUCAUAUUGUGAAUGUUUUUGGAAAAUUGUUUGGAACUAUUGGAUUAUACAUGAAUUGGCUUGUUGAAACAAUUUGCAGUGGUGUUGUUUUUCUAUACAAUUUCUUAUUUGCUUUAAUUUUUGGAGCAAAAGAAGCUGCAUAUGAAAAACUUAUUAUCCCAGUUAGCCAUAAUGUUGCUGAUAAUUAUGUUGGAGUUGUGAGUGAUAGAUCCCAUAAUUAUUGAGAAAAACGUUUUAUUUCAGAAAUCAUCAGUAUUCAGCUGGUUCACAUUCUUUGGCGAAAUACUUCGAUCAAUUGGAAAUGCUUUUCUCGCAUUUUUCGUUUUGAUUGGAAGAAAUGUUUAUUUAGCUUUUGCCCAAAUUACUGAACCCCCACCGGCUAAAACAAUUGUCGUACCAUCUGGAAUUGAUCAAGCCGCUUUGAAAGCUGAUAUUUAUGAACGACUUCGUGCUGAAAUUAAAGAUGAAUUGAGUUUGGAAAUGGCCAGCAAAUAUCAAACAAUUAUCAAUGAUAUCAAAUCGCAACACACUAAUAUUAAUGUAAGAGUUUUUUUUAAUCUGAAAAAAGUGAAAAAAUAGAAAACAAGCUAAUGUUUCAUUUGUUUUCAGAUUGAUGGAAGUGCAUUGGAAGCAUUGAUAAGAAAAAUGAUUUAUGAAUAUGAUUCAGACAAAACUGGUUUAGUCGAUUACGCUCUUGAAAGUUCUGGUGCUUCAGUGUUAUCAACACGUUGCAGUGAAACUUAUAAUAGUUAUUCAAGACUUGAGAAAAUUUGGAGUAUCCCAUUGUGGUAUUCAACAUAUGGACCAAGAACUGUUAUUCAACGCAACUCAAAAACAUUGUUCCCUGGCGAAUGUUGGAGUUUCAAAUCUGGACGUGGAUAUUUGACCAUUGAUUUGUCGCAUCAUAUCGAUUUGUCAAGUGUGAGCUAUGAACAUAUUGGCAAAGAAUUGGCACCGGACGGUAAUCGACAAAGUGCCCCAAAGGAUUUCAAAAUUUGGGCAUAUCAAAAUGUUGAUGAUAUCAAGACACGUAGUUUGAUUGGUGAAUAUACUUAUAAUUUGGAUGGACAACAACUCCAAUUUUUCCCAGCUCAGGUAUUUUUAUUUGAAUGGAAUAAAACGGGAUACCAAGUGAAUUUUUUCUAUUUUUAGAACACCCCUGAAUUCCCAGUCAAAAUUGUUGAGCUCGAAGUCACAAGCAACUAUGGAGCGAUUUUCACAUGUCUCUACAGACUUCGUGUGCAUGGAAAAGUUCAUCAUUUUUAA